AUGAAGUCCCAACUACGGUCCACUCGUUUCACCACCUUCUUUUCCUCAUCCGUAUCUACUCCUCUGAAUUCUGAACGUAUUGCUUCACAGGAUUACCUCAUCGGCCUCCGGGGUAUCCUCGUAGUGCAGUCCUUCCUUUUCGUCUUCUUUCAAACAUUCCUCCCAGCCGCUGUAGCGGAUUCGAAGAACACCGUAGGGCCACUGUAUCAAGUCGUCCUCCGUAAGAGCGUCUCUGUCCUCCUUUGGAACGAAUCCCUUAUCUACUCCUUCAUCAUCCUACUCUCGGCCCGCACGAUAUGCCUCCCUUUCCUCAACAGCACCACGCGUGCCGUCUGCUCGUCCGCUAUCUUUCGCCGCGGGAUCCGACUCUUCCUUCCCACGUUCAUCAUAUUCUCGCUUUCGGCGGCAGCAUUUAGCACGACCUCUACGCAAUACAUCUUCGACUUCCUAGAAGCUACGGGGAAUGUCAGCACCGCAGUGCCGAAGCGCUUCCGCAACUUCCUUGUCUACUUCAACUCGCUCUUCGACAUCUUCUGGCUUUCCAAAGGCUACUCGUCGCAAGCCGCAAACCAGGCAUUCCCCUCCGGUACCCUUUGGAUCGUAUCGCUGCUCUUCCAGCAAAGCUACACGGUCUACAUGACUAUGGUCAUUGUACCCUACACCCGCACUUCCUGGCGCGUAAAAGCACUUCUUGUAUUCAUCCUCACCGCGUGGUGGGUCCAGAGCUGGGCGUGGUAUAGCAUCACUGGCCUCCUACUCGCAGACGCGGUGUGCAACAUGAACUUCCAGUUCAAGUCGCAGACCGGUUUCAAUAUUGGAAGGGUCAAGGUACCAGUGUGGCCACUUUAUGCGCUGAUGGUAGUUGGGGGUGUGCUGCUGCAGUAUCUGUUCAUUGCGUGGAGGCCCGAGUAUCGGAACGCGGAGUUGCAGGGGCACACUGGUCUUUACACAGCCGGAUCCUUGAAUACGGGCGUGGAUCUGGAUCAGCCGCAGGCGAGGGAUGACAACUACCUCAUCAUCCUCGGUAUCAUGCUCUUAAUCGAGACGUAUGAGCUACCGCAAAAACUGCUUCGGAAAAAGAUCCUGGUCGAGAUGGGAAAGCGGAGCUUCAGCAUCUUUCUCGUCAAGCCUCUCCUUAUUUAUACCGCCGGCAUCAAGCUCUUCAUGCAUCUGCAUGCUUCGGGUACGAAUCGCGGCCUGGCUACUUUUGCAUGCUUCGUCACUUGCGUGCCGUUGGUGGGACUGGCUUCAGAGGUCUUCUAUCGUAUAGUGGAUCUGCCGAGCGUCGCAAUCGCGAAGGAGGCUUGGGCGUGGGUCAAGAAAUGA